AGGAACAGACGGACAAACGGCACGGCUGUCAGAGGAAAGCAAAAGAAGGUGGAUUCGAAGAGUUUGGCCCCUUGGAUCCUCUCAGGUCCUCUCCAGUUCACCCUGGGAGAGUGGAAGAAGCAAGGAUGGAGCCUCGGUUGUUGAUGGCGUGUGUGAUGGCUGCUCUACUCUGUGGGGUGUGGAGCCUUGAUGCUAAAAUCAUGAAUCCAUGGCCAAAGGCAACAGGCAGAGUGAAGAGAGACUGGAUCAUCCCUCAAAUCAAAGUGUUGGAAAACAGCAAGCAUGUUCCAGAACAUCUUGUCCAGGUCAAGUCCGACAAAAUUGUCCAAGGGAAGGGGCUGUACAAGUUGGAGGGACCAGGAAUUGACCAGGAACCCAAAAACCUGUUUGAGAUUGAUGAAAAGAACGGAGUGAUUUGGAGCAAGCAGCCGCUGGACAGAGAGAAAUACCAGAAUUUUACGUUAAAAGUGUAUGCACUGUCCCCUAGUGGUGAGUUACUGGAGACUCCUACCACCAUAGAGAUAGUGGUUGUGGAUAUGAAUGACAACAGACCAGCCUUCACACAGAAAGAGUUCAGUGGUUCCGUACCAGAGCUGUCUGUUCCAGGCACCUCGGUGAUGACAGUGUCAGCCACUGAUGCCGAUGAUCCCAACAGCUAUCACGCUUCGCUGAGCUACUCCAUCAUCAGCCAAGAAAGCAUCCCAGAUAAUGCGAUGAAAAAGACCAUGUUUGGCAUCAACAACAGCACUGGCGUCAUCUACACCAGAGACGUCGGCCUGGAGCGAGAGGUGGUGAAAGCGUUCAGGCUGGGUCUCCGGGUUGCUGAUAUGGCUGGUGAUGGCUUGACAAGUGAAGCGGUGGCUGUCAUUCAUGUGAUUGAUAUCAACAAUUACGCACCCAAGAUAAUACCCUCGAUGUAUCACAUGACAGCCGUGGAGAACAGGGAGGUUGCUGAGCUUGGCCGAGUGAAUGUGACAGACGGGGAUGAACCUGGAACCGGAAACUGGGAGGCCAAGUUUUUUAUUUCGAACGAUCCUCGCGGGUAUUUCGCCAUCAGAACAGAUGCUGAGACCAACCAGGGCAUCCUGAGUGUGGUGAAGCCUUUGGACUUCGAGGCACAGAAAGAGCACAAGUUGACUCUCCGUGUGGAGAACAUCAACCCUUUAAGCAGCAAAGCUCCAAAUUUUCCUGUGAGCACAGCCACCGUCAUCAUCUAUGUAGUCAACGAGAAUGAAGCUCCAUAUCUUACAGAGAACCCGAUACACAUUGUGGUUCCAGAAAAUGUAGCACCCGGGACAUCACUCAAAAACAACAUUGCCUUUGACCCAGAGAACUUGGGAAUGAGCUUUGAAGUGACCAAAGAUCCUGAGAACUGGCUGGAAAUUAACAAACACACCGGCGAGAUUUCAGCAAAGAGAAGCUUUAACAUGCGCAGUCCACAUGUGAAAAACAAGAUCUACACUGCUGGAGUCAAAGUGACAGAUGCUGAUGGUGUUUCCAGCACAGCUGCUGUUCACAUCACACUGGUGGAGACCAACGACUUCGCCCCCCGACUCUAUCCUCUCGCCGGCUCCAUCUGCAAGAACAGAGAUCAGUUCAGCUCCGGUCUGGUUCUGACUGCCGUGGAUGAAGACCUUCCACCCCACGCGGCACCCUUCUUAUUUGAAAUCCCUGAGGAGAUGUCUGUGAACUGGACCAUGGCUCAAAUAAACAACACUCAUGCCGUGCUGCAGCCUGAAGUGGACCUGCCGCAAGGGCUGUACACAGUCCCUGUGUUGGUGUCUGACCACGGGAGGCCGACUCUUAGCUCAUUCGCUGAAGUCAAUGUCACGCUAUGUGUUUGUGACUUUUUUGGGGAUUGCAAGUCUGAGGCAGCGGCACUGCUGGGUUCCACUGUUGGAAUUGGCUUCAUCGCCAUCAUCAUCAUCGGCAUGAGUGGUCUACUGGUACUGCUGUUGCUCCUGGCUGCUGGACUGAGAACAACUGGGAAACGGCGGCGGAUGAAAAAAGGGAAAGGCCUGCUAGUUGAUGAUUCUGAAGACGACUUGCGAGGCAAUGUCUUCAAUUACGAUGAGCAAGGCGGAGGUGAAGAGGAUGAGAAUGCCUUUAACAUCAACCUGCUGUGCAACCCAAAUGACGUCUUAAUGGCGCCUGGCAAUUUUGGCCCAAUGUACAAUUGCCCUCGGGGUGAGCAACCCAUCCGGAGGGAUGCGCCCCAUCACCUGCCGGCCCCCACCUACCCGUGCAGACCACCUGCAGAUCCCACCAACAUUGAGGACUUCAUAGACAAGGGCCGGGAGGCGGCCGACAAAGACCCGAACGUUCCGCCCUACGACACUGCACUGAUCUACAAAUUUGAAGGCGAUGGCUCAGUGGCCGGGAGCCUCAGCUCCAUUGCCUCUUCCAGCACUGAUGAUGACCAGGACUACGACUAUCUGAACGACUGGGGACCAAGAUUCCAAAAAUUAGCUGAUAUGUAUGGUCCUCGUUGA